UUCCCCUGCCAGUUUACUUGCGAUCGCCAUAUUGGGUGCUCGCCUACUCGAAUGACUUGUCUGUUUUUCUUCGGAAUUACUACGAGACGGGAUCGGAGCGGCGCGCUGUUUUCAUGACUUGUUUUCCACGCGCUCUCGCCUCUCCGCACGCAUCCGCGCGUUUGUUAUGCGUGCGCCCUGCGCCUCGCUCGGCUUUCUUGGGAGGGAUUGCGCUUAGUUAGACCGCGUCUGGCUCGACUGCGACUGCGAUUCUCUAGACGAACUUUCACGUGCAAAAUGUCAAAAGUGCGCGUCUCCAAUGGAAGCCCGACGCUGGAGAGGGUGGACGCGAGGCAGGCGGAUCACGCCAAACUCCCCGUCUGCAGAAACCUCUUCGGCCCCGUGGAUCGCGAAGAGUUCGAGAGGGACGUCAGGGAGCAAAUGCUGGAGAUCGAGAAAGCGUCCAAGGAAAAGUGGAAUUACGACUUCGCCAAAAACGAGCCGCUCGCGCCGGGCGACUACGAGUGGCAGGAGGUGGACGCCGACGAGAUGCCGGAAUUUUACACCAGACCGCCUCGCGUCAAACGGGAUACCUCGAGCGGGACUGUGGAUCAUAACGGGAACCACGACUGUUUGUUGACAACUCCCUCCCGGGAGAGCGCGCGGGGGGACUCUGACAACGCGGAGCCCGGGAGUCGCUCGGAUUGCAGGACGGCGCUGACCACGCCGAGGAAAAGACCGUCGACAGAGGAGCAGGAUCUUCCUUGCCAAAGCAAAAGACCCAACGUCCAAGCGACCGAGGCGAACUGCUGUCCAGAUGCGAGUUCGCACGACUACGCGCCCAGCAAGUCGGAUCCCAAAACGUAAACAAGAGAAAAGAUGAAGAAGCCUAUUUUCUCCAUCACGUACUUCAAGAGCUUUAUGAAGUAAACAGGGACAGCGGCUGAAAAAUACAAAUCGAGCCUUGGAGAGGCUGUAUAAGCACUGAAUUUUUACACUAAAAGUUUUGGCACUCGACAGAAUUAUAUUUGCCUCAAAAGCAGACAAUGUAGCAGUGUGCAAUUGGAAUUGCUUCGUUUGUUCUUUUUACUACCUAUGUAUAUAUUUUCAUUUUAUAUGUAGCACAUUUAAAUGUAAUGUUAAGAUUAAAAAACACAAUCUUUUAUAAAUGGAGUGCGUUUGACUUGAAGAAUUGCUGUGCAGUUUCACAAACGACUCCCCCCCAAAUGAACCCUUUUAAAGUAAAUAUCUAUGUAAAACACACACGCGCCUACACGUUUCCCUUUAAUUAGGUUUAACAAUCCCAUUGUCUCACUUUUGGCUGGCUCAGGAUGUCAACAGUCAAAAAUGCACCUUCACGUGUGUCGGUGCUGGGCUCCACAGCAGCAGCAGCAGCACAAAUUUAGGCCAUUUUUAAAUUGCACAAAUGUCACUGAAAAGCAUUACGACUUUUUUUUUUUUUUGGGGUCACCUCGUGCGAUCUGGCUAAAUUUAAACGCUUUGCGUUAAUGCCGUUCUUGUUUAUUGGUACUUGUGUAUGAUUUUACCAGCCAAAGUUUUAGCACAUUGGGCAUGUGGUGUUCUUCUCUGAAGGGACUGUGACUCCUAGUGUGGUAUUAAGGUUUUCAUGCUUUUUUACAGUAUUAUUAUAUCCCCGGGUUAUUCCACUAAUUUUAUUUUCUCUUAUUUUAAAUUAUUUCAUUUUUUUGGUUAUUUUGCCAUAAUGAUAGAAAUUCUCACAAACUACAAAUCCUACUGACUACACAUUCAAAAAGACAAAAAAAAAUGCAACUGUAGUGACCAAUUAUUGUUUUUGUCAAUUUUAUGUUUUUCUAUUCAUUUCUGUGUAGCAUAAUGUUUAUAGAAAUAUAUAUUUCUUGUUUUUUUUUCUUUUAUUUUUUAUUUUCUUUAACACUGGGCCAUACGAUUAAGAACAACAUUAGUCCAUGAAGCCACUUUUUGGCCACAAUAGUGGCUUUCGUGUUGAACAUGACAUGGCACUAUGACAAUAAAAUAUGUAUAAACCGGCAAAAAAAAAAAAAAGAAA